CCCCAGACCCCGGCAGCGGUGGUCUAAACGGCAGGGCGAGGGCCAGCGGCCUGAGCACUUUCUGCAGCCCCACUCCUGGGCCUUUGCGGGCCUCGACGGCCCCAUCGCCCAACUUUUCUGCCCUCCCCCCAUUCCUCCGAAACUCCAGCAACAAAGAAAAGUAGUUGGAGAAGGAGCGGCGACGCUGGGUCGGCUGCUCCUCCUCUCCUGUUUAGGCGGAAUAUGGUUACAGCCACCCAAGUAAUGGGACAGUCUUCUGGAGGAGGAGGAGGGCUAUUUACCAGUAAUGCCAACAUUGGCAUGACCUUGCCUAACGACAUGUAUGACUUGCAUGACCUCUCUAAAGCAGAACUGGCUGCGCCUCAGCUUAUGUUGGCAAAUGUGGCUUUGACUGGGGAAGUAAAUGGCAACUGCUGUGAUUACUUGGUUGGUGAAGAAAGACAAAUGGCAGAGUUGAUGCCUAUUGGGGAUAACAACUUUUCAGAUAGUGUUGCAGAAGUACUUGAAGAGUCUCCUGAUGUAAAAGGUGAACCGAAUGGACUGGAAAAUAUGGAACUGGAAAGUUUGGAACUCGGUGUCGUAGAACUUCAACCUGUAUUUGAGGUAUCUGCUGCCCCAGAAAUUAAGAGUGCAAAUAAAGAUCUUCCUACUGAAACACCUGGAACAGAGGACAAGUGGAAGAACUUGAAAACCAAACCUUUCUGCUGUAAGCCAUGCCAGUAUGAAGCAGAGUCUGAAGAACAGUUUGUGCAUCACAUCAGAGUUCAUAGUGCCAAGAAAUUUUUUGUAGAGGAAAGUGCAGAGAAACAAGCAAAAGCCAGGGAAUAUGGCUGUUCCACUGCAGAAGAGGGAGAUUUCUUCAAGGGCCCCAUUUGUUGUGACCGCUGUGGUUAUAAUACCAACAGAUAUGACCACUAUACUGAGCAUCUGAAGCACCACACCAGAGCUGGGGAUAAUGAGCAAGUCUACAAGUGCAUCAUUUGCACAUACAGUACAGUAAGCGAGUAUCUUCUCUAG